UGAGGCCGCUGAGGGGUUACUCAAGACCAAAUGAUCGAAAAAAAGUGUUGGCCCUCUCACGAUCCGCACACUAUCGCUUCACAUCGGAGUCCCCGUUUGUCCCAUUCUUCGAGCAAAUGCGCUUGUUUUUAUCAUUCCCACAAGGCAUGAGCGAUGUUCGCACUCGUGAAACAGGAUUCAUGCGAUGCAGUCAAAACAAGCAGGCGCGCGCCGCACGCUGCCUGCGCUCUGGCUCCCAUCUAUCUUUGGCACAGAGAAUUUUCGCGUGGAUGGCAUGGACCGAGGACCGUUGGCUCGCUCGCGGCCUCGAAGAAAAAGGGCGAAGCGUCGCGGGUGUGGGAGCGAAGGGAAAAGCAGGUGACAGGAAGGCGACGCGGGCGGACGAGUUCCGUUGACGCGCUAGGAGGAGGUCAUGACGCUGGCGGAAAACUGUUUGGUUCACGUUUGCGCUCGGCGGACGGCAUUCAGCACCAGAUCUUCCCAGCACUACCCUUUAGACACAGCAGCAGCGCAACUUGGAAAUGCGCCAACUAUUCCGCCCGAUCUCAUGACUCCAUGCGACAUCUACGCAUCGCCAUCGUGUCUAGUCAUCGCCGAAUAUGACGAUGACUGACGUCGGACGAACUGAUCCUCUCUCUAGUCUGUCCGACCCUGAACAUCGUACCGAAAUAUCUUCAGGUCCAGUGAAG